GAAAUCGUCUAUGUUACCCUCUUAUCCGGGCACCGGCGACUAAGAUUUAGCAGCGUGGGGAGGUCGCCAUAUUUACUGCAAGUAAGGGAUAAGGACGACUGACAAUGGAGAAUCCGGAGGGUAUUCCGUUGCGGAGGCCGUUUGAUCCUGCCGCUCAUGAGCUGGAUGCGAGUUUCCGACUCACUAAAUUUGCUGACCUGAAGGGAUGAGGGUGUAAAGUCCCUCAGGAGGCCUUGGAGAAGCUUCUUGAGGGACUCCAACAGGACAGCAAUGCCCAGGAGUCGGAGCAGUCGCAUUUCCAGUACAUCGCGGCCGCACCACGAAUUGGCAUUGGAAUGGAUGCAUCAGUUACUCCCCUUAGACAUGGUGGCCUAUCUUUGGUGCAGACAACAGAUUUUUUCUAUCCACUUGUGGAUGAUCCUUACAUGAUGGGUAAGAUAUCGUGUGCCAACGUCCUAAGUGACCUGUACGCUAUGGGUGUCACUGACACAGACAACAUGCUGAUGCUGCUCGGAGUCAGCAACAAAAUGUCAGAGAAGGAGCGAGACAUCGUGGUCCCCAUGAUGAUGCGUGGAUUCAAGGACCAGGCUGAGGAGGGUGGUACUGCAGUGACUGGGGGUCAGACAGUCAUCAACCCUUGGAUGACCAUAGGGGGCGUGGCUACCACUGUCUGUCAAUCAAACGAGUUCAUCAUGCCAGACAAUGCAGUGGUGGGUGAUGUGCUGGUCCUGACCAAGCCCCUGGGGACACAGGUUGCAGUGAACGCUUACCAGUGGCUGGACCAGCCCGAGCGGUGGAACCGCGUCAAACUGGUUGUGACAGAGGAUGAUGUGAGGAAGGCGUACCAGAGGGCCAUGUUUAGUAUGGCCAGACUUAACAGAACAGCUGCCCGAUUGAUGCACAAGUAUAAUGCCCAUGGUGCUACUGAUGUCACAGGUUUUGGGUUACUGGGUCAUGCUAAGAACUUGGCCAAAAUUCAGAAAAAUGAGGUCAGCUUUGUCAUCCAUAAUCUGCCCAUCAUAGCCAAGAUGGCUUCCAUCAGCAAGGCUUGUGGCAAUAUGUUUGGACUACUUCAAGGUCACUCUGCAGAAACAUCAGGUGGUUUACUAAUGGCAUUACCGAGGGAACAAGCCGCAGCUUUCUGCAAGGACAUCGAGAAACAGGAAGGCUACCAGUCCUGGAUCAUUGGAAUAGUGGAGAAAGGAAACAGAACCGCCCGCAUUAUAGACAAACCGCGAGUGAUCGAAGUCCCCGCUAAAGAUCGAGAUGGGGAACUGUGGUAGCAGCUGACUUAAACUCUUCUUCCAUUUCUUUUUUCCUGUAAAAGACACUGUUUAUCUUUUGAAGAUAAUUUGGUUAAAAACUACAAUAGAAAUUCAUUAGUGCUAGGGAAACUUUUUUUGAUAUGAAUCAAAUCUGUUGUUAACAUAUUUUUCUUUAUUGAAGAUGGUUUAUUUUGUUUAAAUUUUUAAAGUAAGAAAAAGAAAUAGUCUGUAUUGAAGUUAAAUUCUCACUAGAAUGGAUUUAGUUGACAUUAUUGUUGAUUGAUACUUGUUUUUUAUGUGGCCAAGAGAGAUCAGUUUCAUCAUCAAAUCAUGUUUUUAAUUGACAUAAAGAUGUUAUUACUUAAAGAAAUGAAAAAAAAACUAUGAUUUUUAUGGAAGCUCUACCUAGCUGGAAGGUUAAUGCUUUAUCAGAAUCACUAAAACACUUGAAAAAAUUCUGAUCUAAUUCAUGAAGCUGUUUGAAGAAAAAACAUUGAAGUUUAAUCAGCAGUGGAGAUUUCCCUAUUAGACGACAGUAUUUUUACAAUUGUUUAGUGUGAAAAUCAUAACCAAAAAAAAUCAUUUGCAUUCAUCACUCAUUCAUAAUAAAAUUUGUUAUUGUAAUA